CCAUCAUGUGUGGACUCUAUUCUGUGUCCUGUACUGCGUGGCUAAUAUAGGAGCCCCGACUACUGGUAGGACAAGGAGGACAGCCUCAUUCGGUAUUCCAGUAAUGGUACUCCAGCCAGAGGCGACGCAUCGAGAUAGACAUUCAAUGGUCUGGCAGGCAUGACCAUGAUGUCGUGAGUUGAGGAUUGGACGACACUCAAUUAUGCUUGGCCGCAGUGGUAUCUAGAUGCGGGGCGUCCGCCUUUGCGUUUAUACGCUCAAGCUUUGGAACGAAUGCAUCUCCCUGUAUCCCCGACAUGCAAGCGACAAUCCCCGCCGAACAGAAUUUCUCCUCCACGUUAGAUAUGGGAUUCAUCUCGUGUUGCAGCGCCGUUUCUGCGUGUGCUCUAUUCAUUAGCGUCGGGGCUAUGUUUUCUGAUGCAACUGUCCACAAUACUCUACCUCUGGACGUACAUGGCCAUGAUCUCGGUUACGGGCUGUCAAGUAACGGUAAUUUAUUAGCAGUCGUACUGAACAUCGCUGCGGCAAUCUUUCAUGCCAGCUCCGGAGCCAUCUCCGCGCUGCGUACCUAUGCCAUCAACGGCCGCUCGCUGCACAGCCCUGCGGUCAUUCUCGUGUUGUCCUUGGUGGCAACAUCGUUGGAUGUAUACAAGACCUUCACGUUGGUGGCAAUUCCCGUUCCGCAGCCGGUCGGAUGUGUCAUUCUGUGGACAAACUCCAACGCGGUCGUUCAAAGCGUAGUAUGGCUUACGGGGCAAGUAUGCUCAACUGUGGCCGAAAGUCUAGCUUUGGUGGUCACCUGGCGCACUGUGUACGGAAUGGAGCGAAGAGCUCAUCGCCUACGCAUGAAGCUCCCCGUAACAACGCUGCUACUCAAAGACGGUGCAAUGUACUUCGGCAUGAUCAUCGUAGUACUCAUCGUCAACGGUGUGCUGAAUCAUAUCAAGGUACGGAGCGUUCUCCCUUCAUUUGUUGGCCCUUACACUUUGCAUUGUGUCAUUUACUAGAGCAACAGUUUCACGACUCCGCUAACCUAUACGCUGGAGUCGAUCAUAAUUUCACGCUUCUUCCU